AUAAUUGAGUGUACAUCUAGCAACAAUACGGAGGACGCCAUGUUCAAAUUCGGCAACAGGUGAAAUGGGAAUACGAGAAUUGUACGUGGACGUGGGAAAAUAUGACACCGUGUAAACAGAGAAGAUAGUAAAUAUUGAGCGUUCAGCUGAUUCUAUGUUUGGGAAAAUGUCAUUCUAGGGCAGAAAACAUGGAUGUAUUACAGUAUUCCGGACGGCCCAUUCAUCAAGGCGGGCAAAUACCCGCGAAUGGACAAAAUUUCGACCCGUCCGUGGCGGCCUUGGUGUCCUCAAUGCGGCAAGAUUUGGUUCCCGAUUCGUCCACCCCUCUUCCAAAUGGAUACUCCUCCUUUUCUCCGAAUUCCAGUCAAAUGGAUAUUUAUUCUCCAGUUUCGCAGGCAGAAUUCCGUAGUCCGGUAUCUCCAGUGUCCGGUACGGGAUAUAAAGUGCAAGAUGUUUCGUAUGAUUUUGGAGUGGAAGGCGAGCCGAGCAGCAGAAAACAUUAUCCAAAUGUGAGGACCAGUCCGAUGGUCAACGGGCGAGGGUUCAUGAUUACCGGGACUCCAUCCCCGAGGUCCUCCCUGGAUGGUACCCAUCAGCCCACCGGCGGCUAUCAACAUCAGCAACACCACCACCAGCAAACUCAUCACCAACAUCACCAUCACUUGUCAACCAAGCAGCAGGGGGAUGGUGGGUUGAUCAACAACAACAACAGCUAUGUGACAUACAACGGCAGUCGUGAGUACAGCCACCACACUCACCCAUCCAACAUGGCGCCUCAGAAUGGCUACGUGAGCCCCCCACCACAGAGCUACCAUCCUGUGACGACGUAUUACGAGGAAAUCCAAUUUGGCACGAGCGGAACAGUGGGUAGCGAUGGUGUUGUUCUUACUCCCGCACAGCUCUGCCAUAGUGCUGUAGCACAGAAUGGGGUCAGUGCACCUGAAAAUGUUGGCACUACUGCAAUACAGCCCAAACCACCCUCAAGUCUGAAGCCGCGUGGGUCGCGGACGCGGAGGAGCCUUCGUCGUGCAGCGGACAUGCUCUUGAACCGAAGUCGCCAGAGUCUGUCCGAUACAGAAGGCAAGGGUAGUAAAGUCAUGACUCCAGUCCCGCCAUCGACGGCAUCGCCAAGAACUCGGCAUUCACCCGCUGAUAUGCCAGGCAGCGAAGACAACCGGGCGCCCUCGGUCCGCGAGAGGCUCCAGAAGAAUCGUGCCCGCAUGGGUGAACUCUUACGAUCGCCGAGCCUAUCAAAGUGGCGGCGAGGGAGCAAAGAGAAUCUUGACCGUACAGACAGCCAACCCAAUACAGGGUCACCAUCGUCAAACACAACAAGUCCUGCAUACGUCCCCAACCGCAGGUACAGGAGUGCUGAGAACUUGAACAUGUCGUCGUAUACGUCAUACGAGACUCCGGAUCCCUAUCUGGACAGUCGGACUGAUGGGAGCUACCUUGAUAGCUCUGAUGGUAUGUCCACAAGGUCUGUGGAAUCUACACCUUCGGAUUAUCCACUCAGACAUCAAGAAAGGAGACACUCUUCUGGACGUACUCAUCAUCGAACAAGGAGCAAAGAAAACCAUAGAGGUGGGUAUCUUUCUCAAGACCUCCCCCCCUCCCUACUCUGACCCCUUCUGAAUAAUCUUGAACAACAAAAAAAUUGUGAAAAAAAGUGACAUAGAUACGCAUGUAUGCAUUUAUUUGUGAAGAGUUGGAGCCAUCAAUGAUUGUAAUCUUUACCGAAGGAAAAGCUCAAAAGAUUACAUAGAACUUUGCAUAAUCUCAUCUUACAAUAUGUUCCCUUUAGAAGCUUAUACAUACAAUAAGAUGUUCGAUGGUACAGUAAUCAGCUUACACAUUUGUAGGUCGGGACAAACUGAACACUGGAAAUAAGAAAGACCAGUGCUGUUCUGAAAAGUAACUGUAAUUCAGUGAAACCUGUAUAUAUUGUAACCCACCCCCCCCCCCCCCAUCUCC